UCCUCAGACAACACCCCACGGUUAAGUGAAGCAGCCCUCCUCCCCCGCUAAUACAUAAACCCCUGAGAACGAGCGUUCGGAUGUCAUUCUCGCUUCCUUCGUCUAACCAGCGUGACACAUUCGGCGAGCUUCAAAGAACAUUCUACGCACAUCUUUACGAGCACCCUACACUGACCGCCAGUGUGAGCCACGCUCACCGUCUACUGACUCACCGGCAACGCGAAAACAACGACACGACGAUGUCACAGGACAGGUCCAAGACGGUCGUCGCCUUUGACUUAUACGGCACGCUUCUUUCGACCGAGUCCAUCGCCAAGGAACUCGCGACGCUGUACGGCGACGAGCGCGCCACGGGGCUGGCGGCCCAGUGGCGGAGGUACCAGCUCGAAUACACGUGGCGAAUCAACAGCAUGGGUUCGUCGGGGAUGCGACUGACCAUCUUCGCCAACGAGACCUUAAACGGCUGAGAUUUGUGAGACACAGGCACCUACCGUCCCUUCUCCGAGCUGACGCGGGCCGCGCUGAAGCAU